UCUGAAAARGAAGACGUAAUGGUAUGAUUCCUUGUGUCCUUGCAAUGGUCAUCAUUCUAAUAUUAUACGACAAAUUCCACAACCGGGAGUCAGAAUGAAGGGUUGCAAACUCUGAUUUUACGGAUACAUGUAUAAGGCGGGGGCAUCGUCCAUGUGGGCGUCAUGCUGUGGGCUGCUGAACGAGGUGAUGGGCACAGGGACGGUGCGCGGGCAGCAGCCAGGGUUUGGGGCCGGGACGGGGCCCUUCCGCUUUGCCCCCAGCGCCGGCUACUCCACAUAUCCCCCCACCAGCUCAGGGAGUGCAGGUCAGCUCUGCAAGGCCUGUGGACUGGCCUUCUCUGUCUUCAGGCGCAAGCACAUAUGCUCGGACUGUAAGAAAAGUUUCUGCGCCYUGUGCUCGGUGCUGCAAGAGAGCCUCCGCUGCUGCACCACCUGCCACCUCCUGCGCGGAACGGCCUUCCAGAGACCACAGCUCAUGGCCCUGCGUGUUAAGGACCUACGCCAGUACCUGCUGCUGCGCAACAUCCCUACAGACACCUGCAGGGAGAAGGAAGACCUGGUGGACCUGGUGCUCUGCCACCAGGAAGCUGGAGAAAACACCUUGACACAAGGAGGUGUAGAGGAAGAUGAGGAAGAGGAGGAGGAGGAAGAAGAAGAUGAGGAGGAUGCAGACACAGACAGCCUGCACUCGCUCCCUCACUCCCUCCACGCCUCGCCCCCCUCAGCCGCACACCGCUCCGCUUCGGAGCAGUCGUCUCUCUCCACCUCGGAGCAGUCGUCUCUCUCCGCCUCUCAAGGAGACUCUCCUCUCAGCCGGAGUGAUAGCUCCGGCACCGCUCAGAGCCAGGARCAUGGGGGAGCUCCGAGCAUCCCACUCCUUCACCUGGAACCUGCCAGUGAACCUAUCAUAGAGGUCAGUCCAGUGAUACAGAGGAGGAUACGGGCCUCUCUAUCUGACCUGGACAACGAAGGGGACAUUGAGAGCCUGUCUGUCCGGCAGCUCAAAGAGAUUCUGGCCCGUAACUUUGUCAACUACUCUGGCUGCUGUGAGAAGUGGGAGCUGAUAGAGCGGGUGCAUCGGCUCUACAGGGAGAACGAACAGAACAGGAAGUCCAUGGAAAAUGUCAGCAACAUCAACAGCAUGUCUGCAGUGGUGUCAUAUCCUCCGCCUAUCUGCAAUGGUGAGGUGGAAGACAGUGUAAAGGCUCAGCUGGCCUCUGAUGACCACCUAUGUCGCAUCUGCAUGGACGCUGUGAUCGACUGUGUGCUGCUAGAGUGCGGUCACAUGGUCACCUGUACCAAAUGUGGGAUGAGGAUGAGCGAGUGCCCCAUCUGCAGGCAGUACGUGGUGCGGGCCGUGCACGUCUUCAAGUCUUAACUCUGYCUUGAGCGUGCAUGUCAGCCAAGGACAUUGAAGCUGUGACGUAGUGUGUGCAUAUGCUUGAAAACCUGAGGGAGUGUGAAUGGUUUUGCAAGUUUCCAAGGACUURAUGCUGCAGCAGAUGUGCACAUCCUCCAGUCCAAAUGACAUGCAGAGCAGACAGCUUCACACAGCCUGACUUUUACUACAGCUACUAGAACUACAAGAGCCCCACAGGAAACUGCUCUGUCGUGUCUGAACCUCCUUCUGUCUUUAGUGUGAUACACACUGAAUUGUUUCACAAAUAACUCUACAAUAUCUUAUUUUACAGUGCUUCAUUUCAAUUAGUUUUUUACUUUUAAUAAACCAUGAAGCGGAAUUGGUCCCAUCAGAGCCGGUAUACCGAACGGGGACACAGGGCUUGUGCCCCGGGGCCCAGACCUUCCUCAACCAAAUUUGUAUUAUUACAUUUUUUAGGGUUGUGGGUCAGUGGGCCCCCCAGAUAGCAAAUAGUGUAAAAUUACAGGAAAUGAGCUUUAAAACGGCAACAUAUUCUCUUUGCCUCAUGAUAAAAUGUGUAGAAGGAGGGGGGAGUGCCUUGAGGUCGGUGCCCCAGGGUUCCAAAUGCAGUAGUCUGGCCCUGGGUCCCAUGGAUACUUGAAUUGGAUAUGUUUCAUGGUGAGUAGGUAUGAGGUGAUCAAGGUGGAGAUCAUUAUGAUAUCCCAGGGUUAGAGUCAAUAUGGUUUACACACUCACACCACACCAGGCUAUACUAUACGUAUCUCCUUCAAUGUUCUUUAGUAUGUGCAAUAUUAAAAAAUAGACUUCUACAUCUGUCUAUGAAACUAGUCUGAGAAACUCAACCAGGCUGCAUGUCUCUGUGCUGUUCCAUUCUACACACACACAGGGGAGGGUGUUUUAGGUGCCAAACUUCAUUACUGAUGUCUGAUUGCUGUUUCUAUGCCAAGUGUCACUCCUCACUUCAGACCAUGCAUUGUAGAUUUGAGCAGCAUCCAACCCAAUCAAUAUGUAAACCAUCAAGCUCAGUGAUUGGUUGGAUUGUAGGGAAGCUCUUGAGCCACAUGCUAUGGGUUAUAGGGGGCUWCAGUUCAAGGCUGUCCAACCCAUGUUCUCCUUGCAUGUGUUUAAUCAGUCACAAGUGAUAUCACAUUAUGAUGAUCUUGUUUGGUUUAGAGAAGGCUCCGGUCUACUGUGGUAACAUACCAUAUGCUGUGGCUGGGUCAUCCCAUGCUUUACGUUCCUAUGCUCUUCGUCGGUGUAUCUUUUAUUAAAGUCUGGCAUGACUGACAA